CGUUCGGGGGUCUUCGACUCCACCGAGUCCGCCGCCCCGCCCCCUUCUAGAACGUGAGAACACCCUUCAGCGUUCGGGUGUUCUCGGCUCGGCCGACAACGUAGCCCCGCCCCCUCCCGGUCGCACAGGGUUCGACGUUCUGGCGUCAUCGGCUCCCGGCAGUCCCGGAGCCUGUGGCCCCGCCCGCUUCAAAUGCCAGCGCACCCCAGUUGGGGAGUUCCGGCCCCACGACCGAACCCCACAACCGAAAGCCCCGCCCUCUGGGCACCCGCCAUCCACUCUCCUCUCGGGCGGGCUCACCCCACUUGGGAGCGCUCAGUCCGCUUCCUUGCUUUCCUUCAGAAUGUCCCACGGUCCACCGAUAGAGUCACCGAGUCACCUCGUAUACACCAACUCGCAGUCAAGGCGGAGCCACCCACUACGCACCGCGCGCCACGCUCUGCUUCCUCCACCCUCCCCUCCCCAUGUCGGCCCCCCGCGUCAACUUCGUCAUUCCGCCGCCUCGGCGCCGCGGGAAGUCAGGACCCUCCCCUCACAGGCCUGGAGCCCCGCCUUCUUCCCGCGGUGGCCACCUGGGCCCCCGCCCCCAACAUCGAGCGCACCUCCCUCUGCUGCUACUCGACUUGGGAACUUGAGGAUCGUCACCCGACCCCGCCCCCUAGGCGCACGCCGAUCGCCGGGGUUCCGCCCCUUUGAGGGCAAGUCGCUUUCGCCCCUCCCCUUUGUAAAUAUUCUUCCGUAUCUGGCGAACCUGUUGACUCCGCCUAUCAUCCUAGCGUCACUUAUACCCAACUAUCUACGAAGUAAACCGAAACUUGUAGCCCCACCCGCAUCCGGCCGCGUGUGGUCCCGCCCACAUCAGAACGGCGACCCUGACUCGACUAUCUCCGAAGAAAACCGAAACAUGUGGCCCCGCCCACGCCGACGCCCCCACUCGGUUCUCGACUAUCUCCGAAGUGAGCGGAAGUUUGUGGCCCCACCUCCAGUGAACUCAAGCUCCCGACUGUGCCCGAAGGAACCCGAAGGGAGACCCCGCCUCAUCUCUCACGCUACGCUCCAGACCCCGCCUCCUUUCCGAAGCCUGUCUGUUCCUCUUCGGGCCCAAGGCUUUCGGCUCCUCCGCGUUCCGAGCCAGAAGCCCCGCCCCUUCACGUACUCGGAGCUCGGAGCCCAUUGCAGACCUGGACUCGAGUGCUGCUGCCGGCUCGCGCUCCUGGCGCCCGCUCCCGGGCUCCUUUCCUGCCCGCCCGGGGCCCUGACCGUGGCCUCAUCCCCGGCCCGAUCCGUGGGGCUCGGCUGGCGCCCCGAAGGAGCAGCCGGCGCGGGGGCGCACUGGGCGGGGGAGGCGUGGCCGGAGCCGCGGCGGCUCGCGGGCUGGGACUGCUCGGCCGCCUCCUUCCCGGCGGGCGGCUCAGGUCCUGGGCUGAAGAGAUGGGGGGCAGCCGCAGUGGGCCUGGGGCUCACCCUGUUCACCUGUGGCCCCCACACUUUGCAUUCUCUGAUCACCAUCCUCGGGACCUGGGCCCUCAUUCAGGCCCAGCCCUGCUCCUGCCACGCCCUGGCUCUGGCCUGGACUUUCUCCUAUCUCCUGUUCUUCCGAGCCCUCAGCCUGCUUGGCCUGCCUACUCCCACGCCCUUCACCAAUGCGGUCCAGCUGCUGCUGACGCUGAAGCUGGUGAGCCUGGCCAGUGAAGUCCAGGACCUGCACCUGGCCCAGAGGAAGGAAAUGGCCACGGGCUUCAGCAAGGGGCCCACCCUGGGGCUGCUGCCCGACGUGCCCUCCUUGAUGGAGACACUCAGCUAUAGCUACUGCUACGUGGGAAUCAUGACCGGUGAGUGGGCCUGCCGUGACAGCUCUGCCGCUCCUCCGCUCUGUCUCUUCUGUCUCCCUCCACCCUGGGUGCCUGUUCUGUGUCCCCACCCUGCCCGGGGCAACCUCCAUCCUAGCGUCCGCUGCUGUGAGGGUGAGCAUGUAUCUGGAUCCAAGUCUCAUGCCUCCGCUGGACCAGAAGUGCUUCGGGGUGGAGGCUGGCUGUUCUCAGCCUAAGUGAUUCCUUGCUCUUCUCCUUGUAGCUUAUUGGCAGCAAAGAGAAGAGAUAAAGGAGGCAAAGGUCUAUGUAAACCUGAUGUUUUUGUCGCCCAGACAACAAAUAUUCACAGCUUAGGGUCCACUUUUAGUUUAAGGAAAUAUCUUUCAGCUGGGCAUGGGGGCUCAUGCCUAUAAUGCU